UUAAAAACAACAUUUUCAUUACGCAGCGCUUCUUCGCCCUCAGAUUCUUCACCUUGAGAGACCAUAACCAUCAUUCCCAGAUCCAAACAAUGCCAUCUCCACUCUCUCUAAUUAGGGUUCUCUCCUACUUUUCAAAUCCCUAAUUCUUCCUGCCUUCAAUUGUCUCUUUUGCGAUCAUCGAGCUCCUCUCUCUCUCUCUCUACUCUUCUUCCUCCUUCCCCGAAUUAGAAAAGAUCAGACCCGCCGCGAAUUCCUGGGGAAUUUUUCAGCUAGGGUUUCCAGGUGGUGUAUUUUCAUCAGUUGACCUUUGCUUUCACAGCCAGAUCGUUCCGUGGUUGAGUUUAGGGCUCGUCUACAAGGUUUUCGUGUUGGUGAAAUUUCCUAUCUAGGUUGAGGAGAGUUCAGUAAUUUCGUUGUAGAUCGUGAUUUGGGCUUUUAGGGUUUCGGUUACUGGUGGCUGGGAUUUAUGGUUGCGCUAUCGAAUUCGGACUCUCUGCAUGUGUAAGCGUUGAAGUCGGAAGUUUUCCUCAAAAGCGUGUCUUCUGCUGAAGAGUCAAUAUCAUUUUUACUCACUGAGAAUCGAUUGAAGAAGUUUUUAGGAAUUAGUUUCUGUGGAUUGUAACUAUAUAAAUACUGGGAGGGGAUGUUUGGUUCUACAUUGGAUAGCAGCCGUGGAAACAGCGCUGCCUCAGGGCAGCUUCUUACUCCCACCCGCUUCGUCUGGCCUUAUGGAGGUAGAAGGGUCUUCCUUAGCGGAUCUUUCACCAGGUGGACAGAACAUGUGCCAUUGUCCCCGCUUGAGGGCUGCCCUACUGUUUUUCAAGUCAUUUGCAACUUGACGCCUGGAUAUCAUCAGUAUAAGUUUUUUGUUGAUGGGGAAUGGCGGCACGAUGAGCACCAACCAUUUGUAAGCGGAAAUGGUGGAGUAGUGAAUACAAUAUUUAUAACUGGACCAGAUAUGGUUCCUGCUGGUUUUAGCCCAGAGACACUCGGCCGGUCGAAUAUGGAUGUGGAUGAUGUCUUCGUGCGACCAGCUGAUCCAUCCCAGGAAACUAUCCCUAGGUUGUCAGGGGUUGAUUUGGAGAUGUCUCGUCACCGUAUAUCUGUUUUAUUGUCAACUCGUACUGCAUAUGAGCUGCUCCCUGAAUCGGGCAAGGUUAUUGCAUUGGAUGUUAAUUUACCAGUGAAGCAAGCAUUCCAUAUACUCUAUGAGCAGGGAAUCCCUUUGGCUCCUCUCUGGGACUUUGGUAAAGGCCAAUUUGUUGGAGUUCUUGGUCCACUAGACUUCAUUCUAAUACUGAGAGAGCUUGGAACUCAUGGAUCAAACCUGACAGAGGAAGAGCUUGAGACACACACAAUAGCAGCCUGGAAAGAGGGGAAGGCUCAUAUUAGCCGACAAUAUGAUGGAAGUGGGAGACCGUAUCCUAGGCCACUUGUUCAGGUUGGACCCUAUGAUAAUCUGAAAGACGUUGCCCUGAAAAUUUUGCAAAACAAGGUUGCAGCCGUUCCGGUUAUAUUUUCGUCCUUGCAGGAUGGUUCAUAUCCACAGUUACUGCAUCUUGCUUCGCUAUCAGGCAUAUUAAAAUGUAUAUGCAGAUACUUUAGACAUUCGUCUAGCUCUUUGCCAAUCCUUCAGCAACCUAUUUGUUCAAUCCCCCUGGGUACUUGGGUCCCUAGAAUUGGAGAAUCAAGUAGCAAACCUCUCGCUACAUUGAAACCACAUGCCUCUUUGGGUUCUGCGCUCUCAUUAUUAGUUCAAGCUGAAGUUAGUUCAAUUCCGGUAGUGGAUGACAAUGACUCACUUAUUGACAUAUACUCUCGAAGUGAUAUAACUGCUCUGGCUAAAGAUAAGGCAUACGCACAGAUUCAUCUUGAUGACAUGACGGUCCACCAGGCGCUGCAGUUGGGGCAAGAUGCGAGUCCGCCUUAUGGAAUCUUCAACGGGCAGAGAUGUCACAUGUGCUUGCGCUCAGAUUCUCUUGUGAAGGUGAUGGAGCGGCUGGCAAAUCCAGGUGUAAGGAGGCUGGUGAUAGUGGAAGCAGGGAGCAAACGUGUUGAAGGUAUCAUAUCAUUGAGUGAUGUUUUCCAAUUCCUGCUCGGUCUUUGACUCCCACAGCAAAACAACCUCCUCAAACUCUCUUUUUUUUGUUUUUCCUCAUUUCAUCAGAUCAAACUACCCAACAAUUUGCAUCUUUUUAUUUUAAUUUUUUUUUUCUUCUUCUUGCAAGGAAUUUGUAAAUUUGCUACGAACCUCUUCAUCAUUGUUUUCUUCUUCUUAUUUUUGUUGUUUUAGUUGAACGGGUUUCCAUUCUUGUGAAGAUAUUGGCUACCGGAAUCUUUACUAGUAGCUUUCCUCA